AUGGAUUUGCCUUGGUUGCCAAUCGGUCUGAGCUCUGUCGCAGGCUCAUUCGUCCUCGUACACAAUGCGCCUCAAUACUCCAUCUCCGCAUCUUAUGUCAAGACUUUUCUGGUUCUAGAGACAAUACAAAUCCUACUUGGCUUAUUAUGGGAAGCUAUCCUAUACCCGAAGCUGUUCAGUCCAAUCAGGCAUUUGCCUCAGCCCAAAGGUGGCUCGUUUUUCAAUGGACAACUCAAGAGAAUAUCAGCAGAGCCGACUGGCGAGCCACAUAGGGAUUGGAUCAAAAAUGUUCCCAACGAAGGAUUGAUAUAUUACACAACUAUUCUCAAUCAAGGAAGGCUGCUCCUAACAAGCCCCCAAGCAUUGAGCGAAGUUCUCACGACCAAGAGUUACGACUUCAUCAAACCGCAACAACUGAGGAAUGGUUUGGGCAGAGUAUUGGGCAUUGGUCUUCUCCUAGCUGAAGGCGACGAGCACAAGAGACAACGCAAAAAUCUCAUGCCAGCUUUUGCCUACCGUCAUGUCAAGGAUUUGUACCCAGUCUUUUGGGAGAAGUCCAUUAAGCUAGUCAACGGGUUGAUGUCAGUGGCACGAAAAGAGGGCAAAGAGUCAGUCAAAAGCAUCGACAACGCCGCCAUGGUUGAUAUUUCAGGCUGGUUCAGCCGUGCGACCCUCGACAUUAUUGGCGUUGCUGGAAUGGGCCAUGAUUUCGAUGCAAUUGACAACCCGGACACCAAAAUUAAUGUUACAUACCGGAGCGUCUUCUCACCGAGCCGCCAGCAGCGGACAAUGGCUCUCUUGGGUCUGUUCCUACCUCAAUGGUUUCUGCGUGCUUUGCCAGUGGCGCACAACAACAAAAUAGUAGAGUCAUCCAACACAAUCAAGGAAGUCUGCCGUGAGCUUAUUCGCGAAAAGAAAGAAAAGCUUGACCAGAAACAGAAACGAGUUGAUGCCGACAUCCUUUCCGUAGCUCUCGAAUCUGGUGGUUUCACCGAGGAAGACCUCGUCAACCAAAUGAUGACUUUCCUUGCUGCCGGCCACGAAACAACAGCCUCGGCGAUGACCUGGGCCUUCUACCUGCUGUGUCUACACCCCGAAGUCCAAACACGUCUCCGUGAGGAGAUACGAGCCAAUUUGCCACCCAUUGACGACACAGAGACCGUCACUGCUGCUUCUCUAGAUCAAUGCCACUACCUCCACGCCGUCUGCAACGAGGUCUUGAGAGUCUACUCUCCUGUGCCAGGCACCAUUCGAGAAGCCGGUCGCGACACCAGUAUCCUUGGCCAAUACGUUCCCAAAGGAACUAAGAUCCUGUUAUCGCCAUGGGCCGUCAAUACGGCUACUUCGCUUUGGGGUCCCGACGCCGACAAAUUCAACCCGGACCGAUGGAUGGGCCCCGGCAAAGCCAACUCAGGCGGCGCGGAGAGCAACUACGCUUUUUUGACGUUUUUGCAUGGACCCAGGAGCUGCAUCGGACAAGCUUUUGCCAAAGCGGAGUUUGCAUGUCUUAUGGCUGCCGUGGUGGGAAGGUUUGAGGUUAAGAUUGCAGAUGAAGAUUUCAAGCUUGUGAUAAAGGGAUCGAUCACGGCAAAACCCAAGAACGGCCUGACCGUGAGGAUCAAGCCGAUUGAAGGGUGGUGA